CAAAAAGUUCAAAAUACAAAAGGGUAUCACUUCAAUAACUAGGUACUGAUUAUUUAAUUAGAUUGUUUUUGCUUAUUUUUAUCAAGAAUAUUACCGAAGCAAAUCGACAGAAGACCAAUAACUAACAAUAAUCAAUUUGACGUUGGUCUUUAAAGUAUAUAGUCAAAAAAUCAAAAUGGCAGGCAUGCAACAGGUUGUCAAAUGUUUGCUAAAAAACAAUGUUCGAUCAAGUCCCAAUUUAGUAAAUUAUGUCUCUUCAUCAGCAUCAGGUGGAUACAACUUCACUUUAUCCGAGACACAAAAAGAAAUCCAAGAUUUAGCCAGAAAAUUUACAAGGGAAGAAAUCGUUCCUGUUGCAGCUGAAUAUGAUCGAACCGGAAAAUUUCCAUUUGAUUUAUUAAACAAAGCACACAGCGUGGGAUUACUUAAUCAACACAUUCCAGAAAAAUAUGGAGGUUUGGGGUUGAACACAUUCGAUGGAUGUCUUGUAACAGAAGAAAUAGCCUAUGGUUGCACUGGAAUAUUAAAUGCUUUGGAAGGUUCAGGUUUGGGGCAAACUCCCGUUAUAAAAGCAGGCACCGACGAGCAAAAGAAAAAAUAUUUGGGAAGAUUAAUAGAAGAGCCUUUAGUUGCUGCUUAUGCUGUUACUGAACCAUCUGCAGGUUCUGAUGUAAAUGGAAUUAAAACACGUGCCGUAAAGAAGGGAAACGAAUGGGUUCUUAAUGGUCAAAAGAUGUGGAUAACUAAUGGAGGAAUAGCUAACUGGUAUUUUGUACUAGCUCGUACAAAUCCCGAUCCCAAAGCAUCAGCUAGUAAAGCUUUUACCGGUUUUAUUGUGGAGAGAGAUUGGCAGGGUGUGAAUCCGGGAAGAAAGGAAAUUAAUAUGGGCCAAAGGUGUUCAGAUACUAGAGGGAUUAUAUUUGAAGAUGUACGCAUUCCUGAAGAAAAUGUUCUGUUAGGAGAAGGAGCUGGAUUUAAAAUAGCAAUGACAACCUUUGACGUAACCAGACCACCAGUUGCUGCAGGAGCCACUGGUCUUGCUCAGCGUUGUCUAGAUGAAGCGACUAAAUAUUCGUUGGAAAGAAAAACUUUUGGUGUACCUAUUGCCCAACAUCAAGCUGUAGCUUUCAUGUUGGCUGAUAUGGCAAUUGCAGUUGAGACUGCACGUCUUGCUUGGAUGAAAUCAUCUUGGGAAGUAGAUAAUGGUUUAAAAAACACUUUGGCAGCAUCUAUAGCCAAGUGUUAUGCUGCUGACAUAGCUAACAAAUGCGCUUCUGAUGCCGUACAAAUUUUCGGUGGGUGUGGAUUUAACAGCGAAUAUCCUGUUGAAAAAUUAAUGAGAGAUGCCAAAAUUUACCAGAUCUAUGAAGGGACAUCACAAAUUCAAAGACUUAUUAUUUCUAGGACCAUCCUUGAACAAGCAAAAAAAUAGACCAGAAUAGAAUAAAACGUAUAACUAUUUUUAUGAUAUAAAAAUUGUUUUAUAUUUUUUAUUGAUUAAACGACUAAGAAUUUUA